CAUUCGGCGUUUGGCGAGCCCCGGAGUGCUGUGCGUGACGCGUCCCGUCGUGCCCCCCUCCCCACCAGCCCUGCUUUGCCUGCCUCUCCUCUCCACCGCGGCCCUUCCCUGCGCGUGGGGCAGGCAGGCGGGCAGGCAGGCGCGCCUGGGCAGAAGGGGCCCUGCCCAGAUUGGCCAGCAGCCGAACCGUCGCCAACUCCCCAAGUCCUCUUUGCACCGUCGGAGGGGAGAGAGCGCGUAACGAACCUCCCAUGGACCGAGCAAGUGUUGAGUUUCAAGGAUCAGGAUGUCCCAGACCUUGCUGAGCGAACCGAACUACACGUUCUGAGGUGGGUGUCGUUUGGCAUGUUUCUUCUGAGCUUGGAUGCUGAGUGUUCAAAGAGGACUCCCAUCUGCAGGUGGUAGACACUUUCCCUCAUGGAGUGCCCAUUCUAGUCCAAAGCGCCACCUGAAAUGGGGCUCCAGAGGGGGACAGAGGACUCAUGGAAACAGCCUGAGGGGGAGAGAUGGAGGUACUUCCUUCCGGUGCCUCCAUUCUGCCCAGCCACACCAUGGAUAGAUGAUCUUGGCUCUGCCCCGCCAUGCUGCAGUUGCGUGGCCGCUACCUACUGCUCUUCUUGGGGGUGCAGCUGGUGGUGAUGGCCCUCCUGUACCGUGAGGGCUACCGCAAGCGGGUGGCCUAUUUCCUGGGCAUCUUCUACAAGGGGGGCACGUCGACUAUGCUGAGCAGUCUGCACAAUGUCUCGCUGCUGGGGGACGUCUAUGCCAACCUCAGCCUGAUUGCCCGGCCCCCUCUGCCCCCAGAGGACCUCCCUUACUGUCCCGAGACAUCUCCUUUCCUUGGAGGUCCCAUUCGGGUGACCUUCCCCCCAGGGCUGUUGCUGGACGAUAUCGUGCGGAAGAACCCUUACGUGAGCAAAGGCGGGCGCUACCGCCCCCCGGACUGUGACGCCACCCACAAAACUGCCAUCAUCAUACCCCACCGCAACCGGGAGCAGCACCUCAAGUACCUGCUCUACUACCUGCAUCCCUUCCUGCAGCGCCAGCAGCUCAACUAUGGCAUCUACAUCAUACACCAGGCUGAGAACUACACUUUCAACCGGGCCAAGCUCCUGAAUGUGGGCUUCAAAGAGGCCAUGAAGGAUGAAGACUGGGACUGCAUGUUCUUCCACGACGUGGACCUCAUCCCUGAGGAUGACCGCAACCUGUACACCUGCGACCGCUUUCCUAAGCAUGUGGCUAUUGCCAUGGACAAGUUUGGCUACAAGCUUCCUUACAAGACCUACUUUGGGGGAGUUUCAGCACUCAGUCCAGAGCAGUACAUGAAGAUGAAUGGCUUUCCCAACAACUACUGGGGCUGGGGCGGAGAAGAUGAUGACAUCGCGGUCCGGGUGGCACUCAGUGGGAUGUUGAUUUCCCGUCCAUCUAUUCAGUAUGGCCGUUACCGAAUGAUCAAGCACGGACAUGACAAGGGCAACGAGCAGAAUCCUAAGAGAUUUAACUUGCUGGCCAAGACACGGAGAACGUGGAAGCAGGAUGGCAUGAACACGCUGGAGUACCAGCUGCUCUCCAAGGAACUCCACCCCCUCUAUACUAACAUCACCGUCUUCAUUGGCACCGAGAAGGGACUGCGCCAUACGUGAUGGGACCUACCGCGGAGUGGCACAGGACAAGGAGCCCCGCCCCAGCACCGCUCUCAGACAGAGGAAACCAAAGAAUCCACAGUGGGCAGAGAGGCCUGAGCAGCCUGUCUUUUUUUCUAAAGAAACACAAGUGUCUGUCAAAGUGCUGGGGGGUGGGGGUGCUGCAUUCCAGAGAACAGAUGGGAGCGUCACAUGAGACGGGCGCCUCUCCCCCCCCUCCCCAGAAUUGCUCUUUUAAUCUUGGGGGCUGGGUGGAGGGGGGGGUAUCUGACUUCCUGGGAUAUGGUUUGUGGGAUGCCUUUCGUACCUUGGUUGAAGGAAUGGCACAGCAGGUUCGCCAGAGAAGCAGGGACUGUCUUACUUCCUGGCUUGAACUCUGCAGCUGCCGCA